UACGUCGACUUCAUUUCCAAAAUACAAUAAAACUCCCAGAAAACUGGUUCAGUAACUUGUCCAUCAGUUCAUCAUGUUUCGAUUCCUCUUGUUCUGCGAAUCCAAAUUCAAAUUGUCUUUCCCAAAACCCAAUUUCGGUUGUUCAUCGCUUUUCUCCAAUCCAACAAACUCUCCCCCGUUCCGUCCUCAAAUCACUUCGAAGCAUUCCAAUCCAUUUGGGUUUCCUCAAGAACAUCACAAUGCCAUUUGGGCAAGAAAUAGAGCAUCUAUUAGCGUUGGAGCUAUGUUUGGGCGUUCUCAGCAUUUGAGGGGUUUCAGUAGCGAAUCGAGCAGGGAGUCUAUCAAUUAUGAUGUUGUAAUUGUUGGAGCAGGACCCGCUGGAAUAUCGGCUGCUAUACGGUUCAAGCAAUUAUGCCGGGAAAACGAUGUUGAUUUAUCGGUUUGUGUCGUUGAGAAAGGCGCCGAAGUGGGAGCUCACAUUCUGUCUGGGAAUGUAUUUGAACCCCGAGCACUAAAUGAACUUUUCCCACAAUGGAAGCAGGAAGAGGCACCAAUACAUGUCCCUGUUUCUUCUGAUAAGUUUUUGUUACUCACCAAGAACCAUGCAAUUCCCCUCCCAUGUCCUUUUAACGACAAAGGAAACUACGUCAUAAGUUUGAGUCAAUUAGUUCAUUGGAUGGGACAGAAAGCUGAAGAAUUGGGAGUUGAAAUAUAUCCAGGCUUUGCCGCUAGUGAGGUUUUAUAUGAUUGUAAUGAUAAUGUUGUUGGUAUUGCAACAAAUGACAUGGGAAUAGCUAAAGAUGGUUCAGAAAGGGAAACUUUCCAGCAUGGCGUAGAAUUGAAAGGGCACAUUACACUUUUUGCUGAAGGAUGCCGGGGUUCCUUGUCAGAGAAAAUAAUUAAAAAAUACAACUUGAGGGACAAGGGACAGGGGCAACAUCAAACUUAUGCUUUGGGAAUUAAAGAGCAGGUGUGGGAAAUUGAUGAAAGCAAGCAUGCACCUGGUCAUCUGCUUCACACCUUGGGUUGGCCCUUGGACCACAAGACUUAUGGGGGAUCCUUUCUGUACCAUAUGAAAGAUAGACAGGUUUCUAUUGGUCUUGUUGUUGCUUUGAAUUAUCACAACCCUUUCUUGAAUCCUUAUGAGGAAUUCCAGAAACUUAAACAUCAUCCAGCCAUCAAACCUCUUCUUCAAGGUGGGACUGUCCUCCAAUAUGGUGCCCGGACAUUGAAUGAAGGCGGUUUCCAGUCUAUUCCAUAUCCAGUAUUUCCUGGUGGAGCAAUUGUGGGAUGCUCUGCUGGCUUCUUGAAUGUACCAAAGAUAAAGGGGACGCAUACUGCCAUGAAAUCAGGCAUGCUAGCAGCAGAAGCUGCAUUUGGUGUACUGCAUGAAGGUUUGAACAUGGAAAUAUACUGGAACAACCUACGGAAUUCAUGGAUAUGGGAAGAACUUUACAAGGCUCGGAACUAUAGACCAGCUUUUGAGUUUGGACUUUUUCCUGGUUUGGCUGUAAGUGCUUUAGAACACUACAUACUAAAGGGAAGAUUCCCCUUUACCCUGAAGCAUGGCGUACCUGACCAUGAAGCAACAGAGGAGGCACACUUAUACUCUCCAAUUCAAUAUUCAAAACCAGAUGGGAUUGUGUCAUUUGAUGUGCCAACAUCUUUAUACAGGAGCAACACAAAUCAUGAACAUGACCAACCAGCUCAUCUUCGACUUAGAGACCCCAAGAUUCCUGAACUUGUAAACUUGUCAAAGUAUGCUGGACUUGAGUCCCGAUAUUGCCCUGCACGUGUAUACGAGUAUGUCCCAGAUGAUAAAGGCAAGUUGAAGCUGCAGAUUAACGCCCAAAAUUGCCUGCACUGCAAGGCUUGUGACAUUAAAGAUCCAAAGCAGAACAUUGAGUGGAAUGUUCCAGAAGGCGGCGGCGGCCCGGGCUACUCAGUUAUGUAGGCCAUAAUAUCUCUGCUGCAAAUUAGGACUCACCAUCAUCUGCGUACGUAAGUUGCAGUAAGAUCUUACUCAUCAGGAGAAGCCGCCUUUCCCUCAAUUCUCCUUGAGCAUAAUGAGCAGUUUCCACUUUUGAUUGUCAUUUUGGCAUCUGUAUCAGAAUAACCAAAUCUUUGUUCCCUGUUUGGCACAAAUUGUUUUAGCAUUUCUUUUGCUUUCUAUUUUUUCUUUUUGGCUUAGAAAAGCUUGAAGUGUUUGGUUGCUGGCUUAAAAGAAAGAAAGGGGUGGUUUAGUUGAAGAAAACAUUUUUCAGUUUU